AUGCUACAGAGAGCUCAACUUCCUAUCCCGAGCAUUCUCCAAAAGCCACAGUCUGGCGCCAAUGCUUCCACGAUCGAUUUUGCCAGACGUGUCUUCAAUGAAGAAGAAGCCGGUCGAACCCUCACCGGUGCAUCGAUUCCGGGCGACACAGGGGCCCCUACCUUAGACAAUUCAUUAUGGCAUCUAACAGAGGUCGAGCUACCCCCUGAGGAUGUGAUGCUAGCCUUGAUUGACGCCUAUUUUGAUCGAAUGCAAUGGUUCAUCAUGCUGUUUCACGAGCCCUCCUUUCAACAGACAGCGCGCAGGAUUCUAUCUAGAACCUCAUGGAGGCGUCAAGAUCUGAGUUCCACCAUGGCUGUUCUAGCAGUGGCCAUGAUCGGUUUGCAGUGUGUGCUACCAGAUCAAAGUUGGAGAGGGCAUGAAUUACUACGACAUUACUCAAUCGACGGGACAAAGCUUAUGCACGAGUUAAUAAAUGAGAUACGGAUACAUCUGCUUGAUAUCUCGAUCGACUGUCGGGUUGAAGCAGUCCAGGUCUGCUUCUUGAUGUCCUCUUAUUAUGUCUAUCAUAAUUCGCCGAGUAUUGCAUGGACGGUCUCCGGUAUGGCAGUGCGAUCUGCCUACGCUCUCGAUCUUUAUACAAAGUCAUCCCGGUGUGAUGAUAUUGUGAUGGAUGAGAUUCGCUCUCGGUGCUGGAAUCACGCGAUUGUUGGUGACACAUUCACGUCUGUUAUUUAUGGACGCCCUUCCUCUAUUGAUACGGGGCUAGUCGCUUUGCAUUCAUUGAAAGAUAUGGAUGAUUUGAUGAUCGAUCCAAUAUUGCUCAAUAAUGAAUGUAUACCGGACGAUAUGAGGCAAACGACGACAGCUGGCUUUUUCGCAGCAAAAUAUGAAAUUUACAACAUCAUUCGAUAUAUCCUUUCCCGCUUUCGGCGUCUUCAAUUGAGAAAGGAAAAAAUGGAAGAGGAUCUACAGUGCAUUGCAGAAGCUUCACAAGACUCUGAGGAACAAUUGAUCCGCUGGCGAAAAACAGUUCCUCGACUGUUCGACUUCGAGGUUUGGAGCCACAACAAUAGGCUUGAGCGAUUUCACCAGCAAAUUGAGAAUUUACCUCCACGCGCAAAAGCCCAGGCAGAGAUCAUCGUUCUUCAGGCAGCUUGUCUUCAACUAACAUAUGAUGGGGCUCUAAUACAAGCCUGCCGGCCUCUUUUGGAACAGAAAAUUACAAGUGCGUGUUCGCAAUAUGUGGUUAACGCAAUCUGUCGAUCCUUGAGAACGGCUACCACAGCAGCACUUCGAAUAUCACGCAUUCCGGUCCUCCAGUUCAAGCACCACUUUGCUGAAUCUUUUGCUUCUUUGCAGCAAUUUACUGCAGGAGUCAUUCUUUGCAUCUCACCAACCAGCCAACCCUUCUCUGCCAUAGCACAUGAGGCCAAGACCGGUGUAAUGCGCAUCAUUCAUGCAAGCACAGCAUUCGGUCCACACAACCGGAUAGCCAAGCAAACCGCACAGCUCCUGACGGAAUUACUCAAGGUAACCAUUGAGCGGGAGAUGUCUAGUGCUUUGAGAGGAGGACCAAGUUCUUCAAGAGAUGUGCCUGACAGUAGCGUGAAUUCGACUAUACAACAAGUACCGCUCGAUCAUCCCGUGCCUCAGUCAUCCUCUUGCCAAAAUACAUCAUCCAGCCUUCUCCCAAUGUCAACAAGUGGGGGACCACGGCAUCCAAAAAAGUGCACAGGUAGCUUCGAACAGAUUCACCAGCCUGGUGGGCUGGCAAAUAUGACAAUCCAACCAUCUUUCGAACCCUCGGAAUGCCCCUCCGCAAACAUCUUCGAACAACUCGACGAUACCUUCGGCGCCUUUGGAGAACUAAUGUUCAACCUGAUACCGGAUGACCAGAGUAGUGCUUGGAACUGGGGACGAACCUUUCCUUGA